AUGGAAUCUUCUUCCAAUAUUAUUCAAGACAAAAUUUCUUAUAUUCCACAAAAUAAUAAUUCUCCAAAUAAUGAAGAGACAACAACAGAUAGUCCAGAUUCUGAUACAAUAAAAAUGUUUGUUGGGCAAAUACCGAAGAGUUGGGAUGAAAAUAAAUUAAUUGAAUUUUUUACUCAAUUUGGGCCAGUUUUUCAGUUAAAUAUUUUGAGAGAUAAGGGAAGUGAAGAAAGUAAAGGUUGCUGUUUUGUUACUUUUUAUCAUCGGAAAGAUGCCAUAAAUGCACAAAAUGCGCUUCAUAAUGUUCAUACAAUGCCUGGACUUGGUCACCCUGUUCAAAUGAAACCUGCUGACACAGAAAAUAGAAAUGAUCGAAAACUUUUUAUUGGAAUGUUAAGUAAAUCAAUGGAUGAAAGUGAUGUCCGUAAAAUUUUUAAAGAAUUUGGACAAAUAGAGGAAUGCAAUAUUCUACGCGAUCAAGGCAAAAGCAAAGGUUGUGCUUUUUUGACUUUUGUCAGUCGUUCAUGUGCACUUCAGGCUGUUCGUAAAAUGAAUCAAUCACAGAUUUUUGAGGGUUGCAAUAAACCAAUUGUAGUUAAAUUUGUGGAUGGAGGAAAGGAAAAGAAUGCUGGAACAAAGCGAUUAGAUGUAAAUAGAGGAGAGUCUAACAACAAUUUUGGUGCUAUGCCACAAUUGGUUGCCAUCUCUCCUCAAUUACCACAAAGAGAAUUAAAUGAUGCAAUUAAUUAUGGUGGAUUUGAAAAACCAAUAAUUACUUCUGGAAUCUUUCCAAAUGUAAAUCAAAAAUCAGACAAUCAAUUAGCAACACUCCAUCAAAAUCAACGACUUUUAACACCUUUUCAACAACAACCUGCUACAAAAUUUUGUAUUCCUCCAUCUUUUCUUGCACAAAAUAAUCAAAAUCUUCUAGCUCAAAUUUGUAGUUUACAAAUGACUGGGUUUUUUACAAAUCCGAUAACUGCACCAAAUUUUCAACAAACACAAAUACGUGAAAUACAGCCAAAUGCAGCAAUGUCUCCGUCAGAAAAAAAUUCGAGAGGUCCAGAAGGCUGCAAUCUUUUUAUAUAUCAUUUACCACAGGAAUUCUCAGAUUCUGAUUUCAAAUGCUUUGGUUUUGUUAGUUUUAACAACGCAAACUCAGCACAGAAUGCAAUUACAGGAAUGAAUGGAUUUCAAGUUGGUAAUAAGCGUCUCAAAGUCCAAUUAAAAAGAUCGGAUAUGAAACCCUACGAGAAGCCAUCUAAUUGA